AUGCAGUCUUUAGAAGAGUCUGAUACCUUUCUGAUUGAUCACGUUCUCGAGGCUGUAGACGAUAUGACAGACUCCAAGCAGCCCAAAGUGCUUUUAUUCGACAUUGGUGAUUAUGAGCUCAGUCUCGGUAUCCCGCCAGGAUGGGUGAAUUACUCCAUCUCCAAGACAAGUCCUGCAGGCUUUUGGCAUCGCCUUGAGACGGGCUCAAUACCCAUGGACCAGGCCUUCUUUGACGGCUUCAGCAAGGACCUUCACGACCAAGGCCGCUGGGAGGCAUUCUACGCCGCUCAAAAAGCAAAGAACCCAUCUCUCCCUAAGGAGACGCCACCCUUACCUACCGUCGACGCCAAGUACCUCUUCAACACCAUGAUGGCCAACUCAAUUCCCCCGGACCCGUGGAUGUACCCGGCGCUGAAAAAGCUCAAGUCCGGUGGGAAGUACAUCCUCGCCGCGCUGAGCAACACCGUCAUUUUCCCCGAGGGUCACAAGCUGCAUAGAAAAGACUUCAUGGACGACCCCGUUCGCAGCUUGUUUGACGUGUUUGUCUCUUCGGCACAUGCUGGUUUGAGAAAACCGGAUCCGAGAAUGUAUCACCUCGCGCUGGAAAGGCUGAACGAGUACGCUGCCCUGAAUGCGAGCUCUGAGAGAGGCCAGGCGCUCAAGUGGGGCGAGGGCAUGAAACCACAGGAUAUCGUGUUCUUGGACGACAUUGGCGAGAACCUAAAGGAGGCGAAGAAGCAAGGGUUCAACACUAUCAAAGUCCAUCUAGGACGAGCCUACGAGGCGGUAGAAGAACUAGAGAAGGUUACUGGACUCGCAUUAGAGGGCGACCAUCCAAAGGUCCCGGUGAAGCCGAAUCUCAAGGGCAGUGGUAAGGCGAAGUUGUAG